AGGAAUUCAGUUUCACAAAACUUAAUUUAAAGCUUUAUAGUAUCCAACCAUGGCUUUCAUAUAUUCAAAAGUAAUCAUUCUCUUCAUUUGGGCAUGUUUCUCAACUCUAAGCUCUGCUAAUGUGGGUCGGUUUCGGGGAUAUAAUUCCACUUUGAACCGGUCUCCACCACCGCCAUUACGGCGGUUCCCACCGUCACCACCACCAUCAAGACGUCCUCCAACCCCGCCAUCACGACGGUUUCCACCACCACCAUCACAUCAUCCUCGAACACCUCCGUCACGACAAUUUCCCCCACCACCACCAUCACGACGUCCUCGAACACCACCAUCACAAUGGUUGCCACCACCACCACGACACCCUCGAACACCACCAUCACCACGACAUCCUCGAACACCACCACUAGUUCUAUCAUCACCACCACCGCCAUCAAGAAGGUGUAGAACACCACCACAACAAUCGCCACCACCUUCACCACCGUCGCAACAACCCCAAACACCACCAUCACCAAUGAUGUCACCACCACCACAAUCACGACGACCGCGAACACCACCAUCCCAAAAAAUACCACCACCACCUCCAUCAGUACCAUCACCAUCGCCAUUACCAUCAUUACCACCAUCACCAUCACCACUACCGAUCCCACAAAGUCCAAGAAAGAUAAUAGUGGGUGGUUCCAAGCAAUGGCAGCUUGGCUUCGAUUAUAAUGAUUGGGCACUCAAAAAUGGUCCCUUUUAUGUAAAUGAUAUUCUAGUGUUCAAAUACGAUCCUCCAAACACUUCAACUCCUCCUCAUAGUGUUUAUCAGCUACCAAACAUGAGAAGCUUUGCCAAUUGUGAUUUGGGAAAGGGCAAAAUGGUAGCAAAUAUAACACAAGGAAGUCGAGAUGGGUUUGAGUUUGUGCUCAAAGACCAAAAUCCUUACUACUUUGCUUGCGGAGAAGGCAAUGGCUUCCAUUGCAAACUUGGAUCCAUGAAGUUCACCCUCACACCAAUAGUUAAGGGUUGAUUAUAUCGUGGGUUUUUUCGUCAGAACAAUAUUAGGUGCAUUCCAAGAUAUAUUUAUCUUCGUGUAAUUUCACUCUAAAAUAAUUCAAAAGUAUUAAAAAAAGAAGUAAAAAAGUUUUUUACGUGACAAUCUAUGAAUGGAAAAUUGAGUGAGAUGUACAAAAAUGAGUAUAGCUUAGGAUGUACUUAAAUAUUUUUCUUUUUAAAAUGUAUUUCUUCUCAAACCUUCACAACAAUGUAGUUUCUAUGAACUAGAAUUAAUUAAUACGGUUAAAUAAGAUAUUCCAAUGGGAGAAA